UUCAAAGCCAUCAACAUUAUAAUCCUGAUCUCCUAAUUUUGCGGAAAAUUUGACCUACUUUGGGGAAGCUGCCACAGUAAACUUCGGGGAAAUGGCAGAAAACCCCAAAAAAUUUACCCAAACAUUGGUCAUUUCACUUUGGGAAUUUUCCCGAAGUUGGGAGUUUGGGAAUGUUGAUUAUUUCCCCAUAGGGAAAUACAGGCAACAUUCUAUUAGAAAAUAUUUCUUUGAUUAUUGUCAGAUGAAUAUACAUGUUUAAUGUUGCAGUUGCAACAUUAAACGCUUGCAUGAAAUUGCUCGACAUUCUAUUGUAGUACGAUGUUAGUAGAUCUAACGGCCUUUGCAAUCAUGGUUGCUGCAUCAUUAAGCAUACUUAUGCGGGAAGUUAGAAAGUUUUGGUACCAACUUAUUGUCUACUCCUUGGACACGCGAAAACGUCUGCGUACUUAAUUAAUCAUAAACUAGUCUUUUGAGUGUUACGAAGCAAAUACCUGGUUGGUUCGUUCACAAAUUAUAGUCUCGCCGUUUUAUUUGUUAUAGCCGCUCAAUUAUCACGUUUUGUACAAACUUCCCUGUAAACCGAUCGUACGUUAUCAUUAAGCACUGAAGUUGGCGCCGUAAUCUUGAAAUCUAUAAGGCGCUUCUGGCUGGCUCGUCCAUAAAUUAGAGUCCCGCUUCUAGCGUUGUCCGUUGUCACUGAGUUUUUGACCAUUUUAUUUUUAAUCCGAUAGUCCUUAUUAUCUCGUAUCGUAUCGUCUAUCUAAUGUUUCCAGUCACUGCUCGUACUAUAACUACACCUGCUCGGGAUUUACUUUAAUGGUUUCAUCUUGCUGUGCUAAUGAGGCGUGGCAACUUGGAUCGAUGUUCCCGUUCCAAGUUCUACGUUGCUUAUAGCUGACUAUUGCUUAUAUAAUGGCUAUCCGUGGUAGGCUAUUUUGUUGUUAUUCCAUAGCUGUUUAUCGAAGAAAGAUGUAAUUGUUGAAUGGAUCCCAUUUAAUGAUAUCCAUGGUUAGCCCCCGAAUGCUCUGGUACGGCCGAGAGUGGGGAGAGUCCGCUCUCCCUCUCGAAAUGCUCUCAUAUGGCCACGCGUACAUAACCCCUGCCAGGGAAGUCCUACUCACUGCCUUCACGUGGCGGGGGUGUUGUUUACGAAAAUGAGAGGACGAAAAGCGAAUGUCCGGCGCUUUAACCGGACCCCAAACCAAUGGUGCACAUGGGCUCCAGUAUCCUGAAGGAACAAAUGGCGUAUGAACCAAUCGUUGGUCACCGGCUACCAUGGGACUGCAUCUCCUCACGAUGCUCCACUGCCUUGUGGGUCAGACAUUCAGGUCGAAGGCUCGGGGUGUGGCCAUCUAAGAAAACCACCUGCUUCGGUUUGGGCACCCGGUCAGUAUCACAGCCCUCACACAAAUCAAUUGAGAUUCGUGUGGCGCAUAUGUAUUUGGUGCCUCUUUGUACCAAUACCUAUGUGUUAAAAUAAAUAUCCAUGGUUAAGUUGGAUUGAAGAUAAUUCAAAAUACCAGUUUGUCUUUAAAUCCAUAUAUAUUUCCGAAUAUGGAUCAUUUUCAGAUUUUAUUUAAAAUAAAUUACGGACGUGCACUAAAAAUACCUUACCUAACUGACAGUCACUGUGGCUCUUGUUUGAAAUGAUUUUAAGUAGUGAAAACUAAAUGAUUUGAUUAUGAUAUAACUCGGCUAGUCAAAUAUCAAAAAUUUACUCUUAUUCUAUAUGUAUCUUUGGUUUCUAUAUUUCCAUAGGUUUUAGCAAUAUCAGUCAGCCAAUUUAUUAAGAUUGGUGAUAUUUCAAGCAUUACUUUUUGAUGUCGCGUAAUUGUUUACUAUCCAUCUUGCUCUAGAUGGCUUUAAAUAAAUAUAUGCACCAUCGAAAUAUUUACAAACAGAAAAAGCCCAAUUUCAAAGAAUUGGCUGCAAAGUUCGAUUUUUUCGAUGCAGUGGUUAUAAAAGAUGAAUGUGGCCGGGUUGUCCUUGAUUUUAGAAUACCAUCUCACUUGUCUGCUUUGUCCAAAGCGUUGUUGAUGAAUGACUUUGGUUUAAACGUAGACUUUCCAGGCGAUCGUUUGAUACCAACAGUUCCGUUGCGUUUGAACUAUAUCUUAUGGUUAGAGGACCUACUGAAGAAUCUUCAAAGGUUUUCCGAACCUGUAAGCAUCUUGGAUAUCGGCGUCGGUGCAUCUUGUAUUUAUCCUUUGUUAGGCUCGAAGAAAAAUUCAUGGCAUUUUUUUGGUACCGAAAGUGAUAUCAGAAACUUUCGUUUGGCCAAAGAAAAUGUUGAGAAAAACGAUCUAAACAAAAGUAUCAAAUUAUUUCAUAUAACUGAGAAUACCUCAUCGUUGGAUGUUGUUUUUGGUGACAAACAAAAUACGAAUUAUUUGGAUGCUGUAAUGGCGAAUCCUCCAUUUUUCUGUGACACAUCAGAUGCAGUUGGAUCUACCACCUGUCGAUCUCUUAAAAGGCCACCACCUAAAACUAUAUCAUCUGCUGCUAGGCAUGAAAGUCAAACAGUCGGUGGUGAAGUGUACUUUUGUAUGCGUUUAAUCCGUGAUAGUAUUCGUUAUUCAACUCGAGUGGGUGUGUUCACUGUUAUGUUGGGUAAAAAGUCAAGUGUUUCUUCAGUUCGCCGAAUAUUACACAAGUUUAAGAUAACUCAAAUAUCUGUAUAUGAAAUGUGUCAAGGUCGUAUAAUGAGAUGGGGUGUUGCGUGGACAUUUCUUCCUAAUUUCCAGUUUCCUGAAUCUGAUUUCCGCCGACUUCGUAAAUUAGAACGUCCUCCAUUAACACUGCAACUGCCGGAUUCAGUAUCUUGUCUUCCUGAAAAUACAGUUGAUGCUCUUUUGGAUUGGUUGAGACAUGAAUUUAAACAAUUAGGUAUGAAAGUAUUAGAUCAAAAAAAUCGUGCUGAACUAGGUGGUCUGCAUCUAAAUAUUACAGCAACAGUAAAUACGUGGACCCAUACUAGGCGCAAACGGCGAGAAGUUCAACGUCUUCUAAUGUCUCAACAAUCGGAUACGAUAAACAAUGAGAAUCCAACUGAUAAUGAUUAUGUAUCCAAUGAAAAAGAUCCCAUGGAAUGCGGUUUUAACACAAAUACGGUCACUUCUAAAAAUCCUUCAAAACGUAUACAUGAUAGUAACCCAGAUGAAGUGAAUAAUUCAUCGGAAUCAAUCACACAAACAACAACAGGGACAAAACUAAAUGGUUCUGUGGUGGAAUUAGUAAAUACACCAAAACGAACGCGAGCAACACUUUAUGAUAAAAUCUGUGAAGAAGGUGAAGACGCUUGGUUUGAUGGAGAUGAAUGUGAGAAUGCUUCAGUUAACAAAAUUAAUACGUGUUCAAAUAAUGAAUUACCAUCUACUGCUAUCGACACUUGCUCACAUGUGAUUCAAGCCAAUGUAUUUGUUGAGUAUUUAAACACAGAUUCAUUUAAUAAAGACAUACAUGUAAAAUCAUUAUUUCCACAUGGAAUCAACAACAGUGACGAAGUAAUGCAUAAUGAUAGCAUUGAAUGUGGUCAGACAGUUGUGAAAGUUAAAAGUGAUAUAGGCGCUAGUGAUGAUGAAUAUGAUGACGACGUGAUUCUUGCUGAAGAGAAACAUGGACCAUUGGUGGUAAAGAUCGCUUGGAUAAGUGGGACAUGUCGAGAGGCAGCUAAUCAAAUUUUAUUUUACUUAAAAAAUCGUUUGAAGUGAUGUUCUACUCUCUAUUCCAUUUUUUUCAUCAUACCUGGCUAGAAGAAAAUAAAGUAUUUUUGUAAAUAAGCAGUUGCAUUUCUUUUUUAUACAUGUCUCUAGCAAAAUAGUGUUAUAAUAUGCUAUUGUCAUUAUUUUUGUACAUUAAAUACACCGAGCUUUAAGAAAAUAAGUAAUGAUUUUUC